AUGAACCCCGGUUACAACGACCUCAUUAAACACUUGCUGAGAGCUGAGAAGCUACCAACCUUGGAAGAAGUAUGCUCUCAAAUCCAGAAGGAACAAGGGUCGGUUGGACUCUUUGGGGGCAAAGGAGAGCUUGUGUUGGUGAACCAAGCUGAAGGCACAGCAAACAAGGGUCAGUACAAGCCGGAGGACAAGAAAGUGUGGGGAACCAUGGGAGAUGAAGAACAAAGUGAUUGUGAUUGGGAGCAAGAAGAACAAUUUCUGUCUGAUGAAGAAAGUGGUUAUGAAGAAGAUCAGUGGACAGAUGAUUGUUCCAAUACUGAUUAUGAUGAUGAUCCAGAUGGUGGAGAACUUGAACCAGAACCACCAGACCAGUACCAAGACAACACCAGCUCCAUAGAUUGGUCUAGAGAAGAAGCUGACCAGAGAGAUAACCAUGAGGCUGAGAUGUAUCAAGAGGAAACUGAAUCCCAGAUCAGUCUAGAUGAACACAGCUAUCAUGAAGAAGCAGAAAAUGAACCAGAAGUGGUUUAUCCAGAAGAUGGUGUUGAUGAUAACUCAGAUCAUGAGGAGUCAUAUGUGGAAGAGAGGCCAUGGUGUGAGAUACCAUACUCUGAUCAUGAAGAAGAGAACCAUGAUGAAACUGAUUCCCAAGUCAGUUUACCCUACUCUGAAGCAAACCGUGAAGAUGGAGCAACAAGUGAGUGUGACUUUGCUGAAGAAGAAGAAAAUGAGGCUGUAAGAAGUGAUGAAGAGUAUGAACCAAGAUACAUCCAAUACGCAGGCCAUCAUGAAGGAAUAGAAGCUUACUGGAAGUGGGAGAAAGACCUAGAUCAAUGGUUUGAACUUCAUCAGAUUGAAGAGGAGGAGAGACCACUAAUUGCUGAAGAUACUCUAACUGAGUAUGCAUACUGGUGGUAUGAUCGUGAUGCUUCUUGGACAGAAAUGAAGGAGCUACUACGUGAGGAGUUUGUGACAACAGCUGAGAGCCACAAGGAGUAUCAUUUCAGGCGCCCAGAUGUAUUUCCUAAGCCAAGGAGAUUGAUUCUAGCACCCAUGUCAACUCCAGAGAUUAAGCCAAAGAAGAAUUGUGGUUCUAAGUCAAGGGAAAUCACGUGCAACACUUCUAGCAGCAAAGAAAAUGAUGAUAAGGUUGUGCAAUCCAAGAAGAAACCAAAGGAGCAACAUGUGCAACCAAAGAAAGGAACUCAAGCAAAGCAGAAUUUAAAGAUGAGUUCCCUACAUAUGAUCAAGCCUCAAGCAAAUCUUCAGUGGUUUAAAGGAGCUCUACAGCUACCUAAGAAAAAGACAGAGGCGAGAUCUCCAGCUCCAACAAAGUCAGAACAACAAGCAGAGAAGCAAUAUCCAAAGCAGAAGCUAGAGCAAUGUAAGUUUUCUGAUCCUUUAAAGAUAACUAGCAUAAUCUGUUAUAGAUGCCAUCAAGAGGGUCAUUAUGCUGUAGCUUGUCCAAGUAGAUCAUCACUAGAGAUUUUACACUUAGAAACACCAGAAAAUGCUUUUAAAGAUAAUCUUGUUCAGCUAGUCCCUGAGAUGUCUAUUUCUAGUGUAAUACACUUGUCUUUGCCAAGAGAUGUUGAUGCAGGAAGUGAAGAAAACUUUGAGAAAAAUUGUCUAGAAUCAGACAUACUCCAAACCAAUGUGAUUAUCAACUCCCGGCCAACACCAAUCACUGCCCCCAAACCAGAGUUGAUACUUGGUAAUUAG